UCAGUUACAAAGCUUACGGAAUAAAUAUAAGCUUUUACGAUUGGAGUUCCACUUUCAAAAGGGAAAUUUGAUUGGAACAGAAUUGCAAGUUUUAACAGGUUUUAACUGUGAAUUAAAAUUAGACAUGCGCAAUGAUCAACUUACUCGCUAUGUGUAAGUGACCUGAAGUUUUAAUCAGUGAUUGUCUGUGUAUUUAUGUAUUGCCUAUUGGUUGGAUGUGUUGGACCGUUGGACAGUGUUGGAUGUAAAACUUUGUGGUGAGGUUAUAAUAGAAUAAAAUUUUGUAAAAUAAUGGCUAGCUGUAGAAUAUUUGGGGCACUUUCGCGAUUUUCGCGAACUAAUGUUCACUUCAUUACACGAUCAGCUCAACAACAGCCAAUUAGGUCACUUGCUACAGCUGGAGAAAAACAUUUUAGAACAAAAAUUGUCGACAAUGUAGCUGUUGUUACAUUGGAUUCACCCCAGGUCAAGGUUAACUCCUUGAACCGGGCGGUGAUGGAGGAAUUUUCGGAGAUUUUAAGAACUAUUGAGAAUAAUUCCGCAGUGAGUUCUGUGGUACUUAUUAGCGGAAAGCCUGGUAAUUUUAUAGCAGGCGCCGACAUUUCUAUGAUUAAAGACUUUAAAACUGAAGACGAUGGUUAUAAAAUUUCGAAAGACUGUCACAGAGUUCUUAAUGAUAUCUCUAGUAGUAAGAAGCCAGUAGUUGCAGCAAUACAAGGCACUUGUCUAGGUGGUGGUCUAGAGCUUGCUUUGGCAUGCCACUACCGAGUUGCAGUUAGAGACAAAAAAACAAGUUUAGGAUUACCAGAAGUUAUGUUAGGACUUCUACCGGGAGGAGGUGGAACGCAAAGACUUCCCAAAUUAGUCUCUCUACCAAAUGCCUUGGAUAUGACACUGACUGGAAAAACUCUAAAAGCAGACAGAGCUAAAAAGUUCGGCGUUGUCGACCUUUUGGUAGACGAAUUAGGCCCUGGACUCUUACCACCUGAAGAAAAUACAAGAAGAUAUUUAGAGGAAACAGCCAUUAAGGUGGCAAAGGAUAUUGCGAAUGGAAAUUUAAAAGUAAAUCGUGAUCCAAAAUCUUUAGUCGCAAAAAUAACGAAUUACGCUUUGUCAUUGGAAUUUGUCAAAGAUCAAGUUUUCAAAAAGGCGAAAGCUCAGGUUAUGAAACUUACUGGUGGUUUAUAUCCGGCGCCUUUGAAAAUUCUCGAAGUUAUCCGCACAGGUUUGGAUAAGGGACCAGUUGUUGGUUAUGAAGCUGAGGCUAAAGCUUUUGGUCAUUUGGCAGUUACUAAGGAGAGCAAGGGACUCGUUAGUCUCUUCUUCGGACAGACUGCUUGUAAGAAGAAUAGAUUUGGAACACCCAAAAGUGCUGUGAAGACUGUGUCAGUGGUUGGUGCUGGAUUAAUGGGAGCAGGAAUCAUUCAAGUCAGUAUUGAUAAAGGUUAUGAUGUCAUUUUGAAAGACACGAAUCAAGCUGGUUUAAAUAGAGGAAUAGGACAAAUACAAAAGGGUUUGGAAACAGCUGUAAAAAGGAAACGUAUGUCCAGUCUCGAGAAGGAUAGGUUCCUGGCAAAAUUGGACACUACCUUAAGUUACAAUCAUUUUCAAAGGUCCGAUAUAGUCAUUGAAGCUGUCUUCGAGGAUAUUAACAUUAAACAUAAAGUAAUUAAGGAAAUUGAAGCUAACACACCGGAAUAUUGCAUUGUUGCUACAAAUACGUCUGCGAUUCCAAUCACGAAAGUAGCAGCCGGAAGCAGCCGACCUGAUAAGCUAAUCGGAAUGCACUAUUUUUCACCUGUAGACAAAAUGCAAUUGUUGGAGAUUAUUACACAUAAAGGCACAUCAACUGAGACGAUUAAAACAGCCGUUGAUGUAGGUUUAAAGCAAGGAAAGGUUGUAAUUACAGUUGGAGAUGGUCCUGGUUUCUAUACAACCAGAAUUCUCUCUGCCAUGUCCACCGAGGGAAUCCGAUUGCUUCAAGAAGGUGUCGAUCCCAUUCUACUGGAUAAACUCACAAAACAAUUUGGCUUUCCGGUGGGUUUAGCGACACUGACUGACGAAGUGGGUAUUGACGUUGGUGCUCACAUUGGAGUUGAUCUUGGAAAAGCUUUAGGUCCACGAUCAGCAGGUGGUGAUGUUAGAAUUCUUGAAGAUAUGGUAAAGAAAGGUUUCCUUGGACGUAAAUCUGGCAAGGGAUUCUACGUAUAUGAGGCUAAUUCGAAAAAUAGAGAUGUCAAUCUUGGAGCACUGGAUAUUUUGAAAAGUUAUAAACUCGAUCCAAAAGGAAGCACUGCAGAUGAAGAUCGUCAAAUGAGGCUGGUCAGCAGAUUCGUAAAUGAAGCUGUACUUUGUCUAGAAGAAAACAUUUUGGCCAAUCCGCUCGAGGGAGAUAUUGGUGCUGUUUUCGGUCUUGGUUUCCCACCAUUUACAGGUGGACCUUUCCGAUGGGUUGACUACUACGGAGCCGGAAGACUAGUUAAGAGAAUGGAGGAAUUCCAAAAUUCUUAUGGCGAAAGUUUCAAGCCAUGUCAAUUACUCUAUGACAUGGCAUCUGACUCAACGAAAAAGUUCCAUCCUCAUUAAACUGGAUUUUCGUACAGAAAAGAAAGAAAUUGUCAAUAGAAAACUAAAAAGUGAAUUUAAACUUAUAUAUUAACCGUGGCCUUCAGAUUAUCACGAUGCUAUUUUUCAAAGAUUUCCUUACAAUUACAAGUUUUUUAUCGAGAGAACUUUAAAGUGAAUUCUACGAUACUCUAAUUCAAGAAUAGAAAAAAAACACAAUUUCUCUUUUUCUUUAUAUGAAUAGAGAAAAGUGUGACUUAUCAACUAUAUUUUGUGGAUGCAUUUUUUGAAAGAUUUUAUAGAUCGGAUUGUGGAACAGAACUAUUUUUGGACUAUUGUUAAUGUAAUAUAGUAUAGAUCGCUAUUGUAAGUAUAUUUUUAUUACCGAAAUGUUUAUUAAAUAAAUUAUAAUAAAUUGAAAUACUAUUAGAAAAUAA